AUGAACCCUUCAACUUCCAUAACCGCUCUUCCACGUGAGAUUCUUCUCAGAAUUCUCACUGGUCUUCCUGCCAAAUCCACAGUGCGAUUCAGAUGCACCUCCAAAUUCUUCUAUUCCUUCAUACCCGAGCCAAGAUUCGAGUUCACAAUCCUCGUCUCUCUCCCAUCCGAAUCAAAUUUAUACUCCGUGAGUUACCGUGAAGACAACCAUGGAAACCUCCAAGCCGACAUUGCCCAGCGUUUGGAUGUACUAGGUUUACUAUGUUCCGCCGAUGACAAGAUGUGUCUGCUCAGCCGCGAAUUGGUGGACGAUAAUGCCAUCUUCGACCUUAGUACCGGACGGCAUAUUUGGCUGCCAAGCAUUAUUGGUUGGCCGCCCAGUCGUGUGCCGUCGAGCCUUAACUGGUCCUCUGCGGUCUUGGGGUUUGACUCGGUUUCGAGAAGGUACAAGGUUUUCAAGUCCACCGCGUACUAUGAUUCGGGUUACCAGCGGGUGUUGAAUAAGUUGUGGGUUUUAACCGUGGGAGUGGAUAAGUCAUGGAGGGAGAUAGACUUCGCCAUCAUUAGAUACGCCCGGGUUGCCAUUUGCAUUAAUGGGAUUAUCUAUUUGAUAACUCGUCACUCUCACCCGGUCAAGAGUCUAUUUGAUUCUUCGAGUAAAAUAGUUGCAAUCGAUCUUGCAACGGAGAGUUUUAUCAGGUCCAUACCAUUUCCAUCCGAGUGUCGGUCCACACAGCAGCAUCAACUGCCAUGGAUAAAGUUGCCAUGGAUAAAGUUGAAUGGUCGCCUAGCUUUCAUUAACAUUCUUAACUCACAAAAGGGAAAAUCCCUGGCCUCUGGGAUUCCUUUACCCUGGCCCGACAGGAUAGAUAUAUGGACCUUGGAGGGGUCAAUAGAGUACUCGGUGAUUCUACCAUUGGAGGAGAGGGAGAUGAUUGGAGAAGCUACUUUCAUGGAGUUUACGGCUAAUAGUAUUGGGGAGAUUGCCUUCUUGAUUGGAAGGAAGAGGAUGAUGUCUCCUUUGCUUUUAGUUUAUUCAUUUGGAAGAGAGGUUUGGAGAAGGUUUGAGAUACAUGGAGUUUGUAAUUAUUCAUUUCAUUCCUCAUAUAGGAGAAGUAUUGUGUAUGUGGGGGAUGAGAUUGCAUCUUUUUUGGAAUGA